AUGACGUCCCUCCAGACACCCCCAAAUAAUGUGGCCCCGGCAAAUAUGAGCCUACCGGCAAAUUUGACGCCGCAGCACAUACAAGAAACCCUUCAGAAAUUCAAGCAGAUGCAGGAACAAGGUGUUCGUCAAGAUGACCCCGAAUAUCUAAAGGCACACAAUCUCCUCUCUGCUGUUCAGCGGCAACAAGCUUUUCAGAAGCAGCGACAAUUAGCACAGCAGCAGCAGCAACUCCAGGCUCAGCGCCAACAGCAACAAAAUGGUUCUUCCACCCAAGAGGCCGUGGCGCCGAAUGGAGUCAACAACCGUGCCAAUCCGAGCGCUACUUCAAACAACGCUGUUCAAGAUGUGGGCUCCGCGUCAGCCCUCGGCCAACAGAACCAUCAAAAAGGCGCACCGGCUGCGAGCGGCAGUUUUUCUGCGGAUCAGUUGCAGACACUUCGCAACCAAAUAAUGGCUUUCAAAAUGUUGACGAAGAACCUUCAAAUACCGCCGCGCGUUCAGCAACAGCUUUUCAUGUCCAAGAAAGUCACCACACCCGCGCCGUCGGAUAAUGUUGCUGUGGCUGAGAGUGUACUGGAAAAAUUUUCUCAGGGAAAGCCAGAACAAGCUGCGGCAACUGCUGAUGUGUCGAACGCUAAAGAGUUUUAUGAGCAUUUCCAGUCCCCAUACGACCUAAUUCCUAAAACGGUCAGCUUCACGGACCACGCAUCUCGGUCUCAUCGCAUGCGCAUACCAGCUCUGAUGCCGCCGGGUAUUGAUCUGGAACAAGUGCGCGAGGAGCGAGAAGUUGCACUAUACAACCGAAUCAAUGCGCGGAAAGCUGAGCUUGCUGCACUUCCCGCAAACAUUGCUGCAUGGAACUCGGGCCAAAGUGAUGUCGCUACUGGCGACGACUCUUUGAAGCUGAAGGCUCUGAUCGAGUACAGAAUGCUCAAUCUUUUGCCUAAACAGAGGCUCCUCCGCAAACAAAUCCAGCAUGAGAUGUUUCAUUAUGACAAUCUUGGCAUGACUGCCAAUCGUGCUACUCAUCGGCGUAUGAAGAAGCAAUCGUUGCGCGAAGCCCGGAUCACUGAGAAACUUGAGAAGCAGCAACGUGAUGCCCGCGAAUCAAGAGAAAAGAGGAAACAGGAUGUCCAUCUCCAAGCGAUAGUCAAUCACGGUGCGGAACUUCGGGAAACGGCAAGCCAGCAACGCCAACGCGCUGGAAAACUUGGUCGUAUGAUGCUUCAACACCACCAGCACAUGGAACGUGAGGAGCAAAGGCGCGUUGAACGAACUGCUAAGCAACGUCUUCAGGCUUUGAAGGCCAACGAUGAAGAGACCUACUUGAAGCUUCUCGGACAAGCCAAAGAUUCUCGGAUUUCUCAUCUUCUUAACCAGACUGACGGUUUCCUCAAACAGCUUGCCGCGUCUGUUAGACAACAACAGCGUAACCAAGCUGAACGAUAUGGUGAGGAACACGAUUUCGAUGAUGAUGAUGACGAAGACAUCGCAUCCGGCAGCGACGAGGAAGGCGAAGGCCGCCGAAAGAUCGACUACUACGCUGUUGCUCACCGUAUUAAAGAAGAGAUAACCGAACAACCUUCUAUUCUUGUUGGUGGUACCUUGAAGGAGUAUCAGAUGAAGGGUCUGCAAUGGAUGAUUUCGCUCUACAACAACAAUCUUAACGGCAUUCUGGCCGACGAAAUGGGUCUUGGAAAAACGAUCCAGACCAUUAGUUUAAUCACGCAUAUUAUUGAGAGAAAGAGGAACAAUGGCCCGUUUUUGGUCAUUGUCCCUCUGAGCACUCUGACGAACUGGAACCUUGAAUUUGAAAAAUGGGCGCCGUCCGUGUCGAGAAUUGUCUACAAAGGCCCGCCAAAUGCUCGAAAACAACAGCAGCAAAACAUUCGCUGGGGAAAUUUUCAGGUUCUAUUAACGACUUACGAGUACAUCAUCAAGGACCGCCCUAUUCUGAGCAAGAUAAAGUGGACACAUAUGAUCGUGGACGAGGGUCAUCGCAUGAAGAACACACAGUCUAAGCUUAGUAGCACUCUUUCGCAGUACUACACCAGCCGUUACCGAUUGAUUUUGACGGGUACCCCAUUACAAAACAAUCUCCCUGAACUGUGGGCGCUCUUGAACUUCGUUUUGCCAAAUAUCUUCAAAUCAGUGAAGUCAUUUGACGAAUGGUUCAACACGCCAUUUGCUAAUACCGGUGGUCAAGACCGCAUGGAUUUGACUGAAGAAGAACAGCUCCUUGUCAUUCGUCGUCUACACAAGGUCCUUCGACCAUUCUUGCUCCGACGUCUGAAGAAGGAUGUCGAAAAAGACCUGCCUGACAAGCAGGAGAGAGUUAUCAAAUGCCGCUUCUCUGCCUUACAAGCAAAGCUCAACAAGCAACUUGCUACACACAAUAAGAUGGUUGUUAGUGAUGGCAAGGGAGGCAAAGUUGGUAUGCGUGGCCUCAGUAACAUGCUGAUGCAAUUGAGGAAGCUCUGCAAUCAUCCCUUUGUGUUUGAGCAGGUGGAAGAUCAAGUAAACCCUGGGCGAGGCACAAAUGAUCUAAUCUGGCGUACCGCUGGAAAGUUUGAACUGCUCGAUAGAAUCCUCCCAAAGUUCAAGGCCACCGGCCACCGUGUUUUGAUGUUUUUCCAAAUGACUCAGAUCAUGAACAUCAUGGAGGAUUUUCUUCGUCUUCGUGGGAUGAAGUACUUGCGUCUUGACGGUUCUACAAAAUCCGAUGACCGAUCAGACUUGCUGAAGCUCUUCAAUGCCCCAGACUCUGAGUAUUUCUGCUUCUUGCUCUCAACACGUGCUGGUGGUCUCGGCUUAAAUCUGCAAACCGCUGAUACUGUCAUCAUUUUCGAUUCCGACUGGAAUCCUCACCAGGAUCUCCAAGCCCAAGAUCGUGCGCACCGUAUCGGUCAGAAGAACGAGGUCAGAAUCUUGCGACUCAUCACCUCUAAUUCUGUCGAAGAGAAGAUUUUGGAGCGAGCUCAAUUUAAACUCGACAUGGAUGGCAAGGUCAUUCAAGCGGGAAAAUUCGAUAACAAGUCUACCAACGAAGAACGAGAUGCACUCUUGCGUACUCUGCUCGAGACUGCUGAGGGUACAGAUCAAGCCGGAGACCAGGAUGAGAUGGAUGAUGAUGACCUGAACAACAUAAUGGCUCGAUCAGACGAGGAAUUGGCGGUUUUCCAGCGCAUGGAUAGGGAACGGCAGAAGACGUGUCCAUACGGCCCUGGCCACAAGCUGCCCCGUCUGAUGGGCGAGAGUGAACUCCCAGAGAUCUACGUGACUGAAGAGAACCCCGUCGCGGAAGAAGCUGCUGAGAUAGAGCUUUCUGGUCGCGGUGCUCGCGAGCGUAAGAUUACUCGCUACGACGACGGCCUCACAGAAGAGCAAUGGCUUAUGGCGGUGGAUGCCGAUGACGACACCAUCGAGGAUGCGAUUGCACGGAAAGAGGCGAGGGUUGAGAAGCGUCGUUCCAACAAGGAGAAGCGUGGUCGUAAGGCGCAAGGCGACGAGUCGUCGCCCGAGCCAUCACGAGAGACGUCUGAAACACCCCAACCCAAGAAGCGUGGUCGCAGAGGGCCGGCUCCAAAGCGUAAAGCAGAGGAGCUAGCUGAGGAGACACCUCAGCCAAAGCGCAAGAGGGGCAGACAAGCCAAGCCUGUCGAAACGUUGAGUCCAGAUGACCGGGCCGCUUUACAACAGAUCCUCAACAAUGUCUACCAAGCCUUAAUGGACAUGGAGCAGGAGUUACCAGCCGACUCCUCCGAUAGCGAGGAUGGACCUGUCACACGUUCCAUUAUCGAGCCAUUUAUGAAGCCACCACCAAAGUCGCAGUAUCCUGACUAUUACAUGAUCAUCCAGAAUCCAAUCGCUAUGGACAUGAUCAAGAAGAAGAUCAACCGCGAAGAAUAUCAGAGUCUGAGAGACUUCCGGAAUGAUAUCGGUCUCCUUUGCCAGAACGCGCGAACGUACAACGAAGAUGGUAGCAUCCUGUUCCAGGACGCUAACGACAUUGAGGCACGAUGUGUUGCCGAGCUGAGCAAGGAAGUCGAAGCUCACCCACAGUUCGCCGACUUUGAUGGCCCGGCAAACUCAAAUGAUAACCCAGUGUCUGUUGCCGGAGGUGACACCCCCAGCGCUGCUGCAACGCCAGGGCAACCGAAAUUGAAACUGACGUUCAACGCUGGAGGCGCCAUGCCUGGCACUGUAAACGACCUUCAGUGAUGUCCAAUAGGACCGUUCUUGAUACAUAUACUCUUGCUCCAAAGAUUCUGCAGAGUUUGCACAUUUAUGUUUCUCUCACUGUUUUUACUGUUGAUAAAGCAUGUACUAUUCCACUGGUUUUCGUGGCGGCCGGCGUUUAUGACUGGGCGGCAGAUGAGCUAUGCAGGCUGACGGCGCUGUCCUAUUCUAUUCUCUUCUAUGGACGAAAGGAAAGUGUUUCUACCAUAUGUUUAUUUAGUGGCUCCGUCUUUCUUUUCUUUACCUGUCUUUUAUGCUAUUGCUUCCCAUUGGC